CUUGUGCUCCUCUUACUCGUGGAGUAAAGAGAUACAAAAAAAAUGAUAUAGUAAAAGAAAAAUUGUUUGAAAAUAUAAAUGAGAAAAUAAUACACAUGGAAAUUGAGAGGAAAAAAAAUUGAAGGGUCCUAAAAAUAGUUCCACUAGUGUUGGAUGCUGAAGCAAACAACAGGCACUGUCGUUUAAAGAACAGAAGAACACGGGGAAGUGAGCCUUGAUAUAUUCUCCACAUAAAAUUUGAAUUCAACAACAUAUAAACGUUAAAUGCGACAAAAAUAAUUAAAUCGUUUUAAAUUUUUUUUUUUUUUUUCUAAACUGGAGUGAAGGAGGAAAAUUUUAAAGUGGGAAUGGAGCUUGCGCAAAAAAUUUUCUUCUCAAUUAUAUCACUUGAAAGAAUUGUGUUUCAAAUUUUUGAGUUUUUCUCGUUCUCCGUCUUUAAUCAUCCAUAGUGUAAUAGUUAAACGUAAAAGAAUGAUAUUAAAAUGUUGUGGGAGAUUUUGCUGGUGGCUAUCCUGCCUUACAGUAUCGGAUAUAAAAGUUAUAAUAUAGGAGGAUUAUUUGAAGGAGGUGAAGGAAUCGAAAGUGCAUUUGGUAUCUCAGCAAUGGCAGUUAAUAAAAAUAGACACAUAGAUCUCAAUUUAUCAAUGAAAUAUAUGCAAGUUUAUCAAAUAAAUGUAGAUGAUGAUUUGUGGGAUGUACAUAGUAAAGUCUGUGAACUUGUGCAAGAAGGAGUUGUUGGAAUUUUUGGUCCACAGAGAAAACAAAGUGUUCAUCAUGUUCAUAGUAUGUGUGAUGCAAUGGGAAUUCCACAUAUUGCGACCACUUUAAAUACUGAUGAUAGUUUAAAAACUAUAAAUAUUUAUCCCCAUUCGAAAGCUUUAUCAAUGAUUUAUUACAAUCUUGUCGUGGAAUAUAAAUGGAAAACUUACACGAUACUUUAUGAAAAUGAUGAUAGUUUAAUUAUGAUGAAACCUCUUCUUGAACGAUGGAACGCCACAGGUUAUACGGUAACAAUCCGUCGAUUAAUUGGACCAAAUUAUAGAAAUAUGUUACGUGCCGUAAAGUUAUCAGGAGAGGAAAAUAUUAUACUCGACUGUUCCAUUGAAAUUUUGACAUCCGUUUUAGAACAAUCAUUACAAGUUGGAUUACUUACAGAAAAAUUUAAUUUAAUUAUUACUUCAUUGGAUUUGCAAACAAUCAAUUAUGAACCAUUUCAGUAUUCUGGCAUGAAUAUAACCGUGCUUCGUUUAAUAGAUCCUAAUAGUACAGUAGUAAAAAAUAUAAUAAAAAAUGAUUUUAAUGGAUUUGGUAAUGUAAAUAUGUUGACUGUUAAUCAAGCACUAAUGUUCGAUGCAGUUCAAUUGUUUGCACAUGCUUUUAAGGAGAUGGACGAUAUUGUUAAAUACAUACCUCCAUUACCUUGUGAUGGCACAGAAGUUUGGGAGCAUGGCGAAACAUUGAUAAAUUACAUUAGAACCGUUAAUUUACCGGAUGGAAUGCAUGGUCUUACCGGAUUGGUGAAAUUUGAUACAGCCGGUUACCGAUCCGAAUUCCAAUUGGAUAUAUUAAAUUUAGGUGAAGAUGGACUGACAAAAAUUGGAGUCUGGAAUAAUACUGAACCCAUAAAAUGGAUAAGUAAACCUGUCGUAUAUCAACCUCAGGAACAACUGAGCAUGCAGAACAUUACAUUUCGAGUUUUAAUUUCACUUUCAAGACCUUACGCAUGGCUCAAAGAUUCUUUGACAAUGAGACUUGGUAAUGAUCGAUUUGAGGGAUAUGCAAUCGAUAUUAUACAAGAACUGAGCAAUAAGCUUGGUUUCAAUUAUACUUUUAUAGUUCAAGAGGAUAAAAAUUAUGGCGUAUAUAAUAAUACCACUGGCUGGAAUGGAAUGAUUGGAAAAAUAAUUAGCAAUGAGGCCGAUCUUGCAAUUACUGAUUUAACAAUCACAGAACAGCGUGAAAAAGAUGUUGAUUUUACUUUACCGUUCAUGAGUUUUGGCAUUAGUAUUCUAUUUAGAAAAGCAUCAAAAGCUGAAGGGAGUUUGAUGUCAUUUUUAUCACCACUUGACAAUCAGGUUUGGUUGUGCUUGAUUGCUGCCUAUAUAUUUGUCUCCCUGGAACUUUUUAUAAUUGGACGAAUAUGUCCUGGUGAAUGGGUAAAUCCAUAUCCUUGCAUUGAUGAACCAACGGAAUUAAAAAAUCAAUUACAAUUCAAAAAUUGUCUAUGGUUUACUCUUGGCGCAUUGAUGCAACAGGGUUCUGAAAUUGCUCCAGCAGGGAUUUCAACAAGAUUACUAUCUGGUUGUUGGUUCUUUUUUUGUCUUAUUAUGGUGUCAACAUAUACUGCUAAUUUAGCAUCAAGUUUAACAUUUGAAGUUCCCGUAUUACCAUUUCAUAAUUUAGUUGAAUUGGCAAAUCAGAAUAAAAUAAAAUACGGCGCUAAGAAAGCUGGAUCUACUCUUGCUUUCUUUCAGGGAUCAAACGAUAGUACGUAUAGACAAAUUUACGAAACAAUGAAAAAUGAUGCAAUUAAUUGUCUAUUGCCAUCAAAUGAAGCAGGAAAAGAAAAAGUAUUGCGUGAAGAUUUUGCAUUUUUUAUGGAAUCAUCCACAGUGGAAUAUGAAAUAGAACGAAAUUGUAAUCUCACUGUUAUCGAUAGACCUUUUACUGAAAAAGGUUAUGGAAUUGCCAUGAGAAAAAAUGCACCUUAUCGUCAUGAUUUAAGUUCCGCUAUUUUGGAGCUUCAAGAAACGGGAAUAUUGGCACAAAUGAAACAACAUUGGUGGAGACAAAGAAAUGGUGGUGGUAGUUGCGAGCAAGUGGAAAGUGGUCAGCCAGAAGAAUUAAAUUUAAAAAAUGUCGGCGGCGUUUAUCUUGUUCUUUGUAUUGGCGUUAUUAUUUCCUUUUUGUGGACUUUAACAGAAAUGCUUCUACGCAUACGAGUCACAUCACAUGAAUAUAAUGUUCCCUUUAAAGAGCAAUUAAUGGAGGAACUUAAAUAUGUGUUCAAGUUUAAUAGUACCACAAAGCCAGUAAGAAGAAAAAUUGCAUCAUCAAGAAAAAGUGGAAUAAGUACAACUGAUUGCAUAUCGAUUGCUACAUCAAAUACAGUUUGCGAAGAAAGUGUUUAAAAGAAGAAAAUAAUCUCGAAAAAUUAUUAUUACAAAUCUAUAAGCAAAUAAGACUUGAAAAUUUUAGAAAGGUUCGAAAAAAACGAAAUUUAAAUCUUAUGAAUCAAUUCAAAGAAGAUUAUCAAAAAUUGAUGGUAAAAUUAACAAACUAGUGUUUAAUGACUAAUUUCUUUUUCAUUAAAAUUUUACCAUUAACCAUAA